AUGACCGUCCUGCUCCAAUUCGUGUCGUUGGCCCUCUCCCUGGGAUGUGUGAUCGCGUCCCCUUCGUUGCAGAAACGCGCUUCUGGUGUGACCACCUCCGCCUCCGCUGCCAACGGCCAAACCUUUGACUACGUUGUUGUCGGUGGAGGUCUGACAGGGACGACAGUAGCUGCACGGCUCGCGGAGGACCCAACCGUCACUGUCCUUCUGAUCGAGGCAGGCGCGGACAAUCGGGGCGAUCCUCGCGUCUAUGAUAUCUACAAUUAUGGUCAGGCGUUCGGGAGUGAGCUAAUGUGGAAUUGGCCAGCGGAUCAAGGGAAAGCAAUCAUUGGUGGCAAGACUUUGGGUGGAGGAUCAUCUAUCAAUGGUGCCGCGUUUACCCGGGGAUUGAAUGCCCAGUACGAUGCUUGGUCGAGUCUCCUCGAACCUUCAGAAGCGAACGUUGGAUGGAAUUGGCAAGGACUCUGGAACUACAUGAAGAAGUCGGAGACAUUCUCUCCUCCCAAUAGCCAACAGGCAGCUAGAGGAGCUCAGUCGAUUAAUUCUUACCAUGGAUUCAACGGCCCUGUCCAAGUCACAUACCCAAACAACAUGUACGGCGGACCCCAACAGACCGCAUUCGUCAACACGAUCGUUGGCCUCACAGGCAUCAACCAUUACAAAGACUUGAACGGAGGCACGCCGAAUUGUGUUUCGAUAACCCCUCUGAUGAUCAAUUGGCACGAAGAUGACCACCGAUCGUCCUCCGCCACCGCAUAUCUCAGCCCAGUGGAGAGUCAGCGGACGAACUGGUUGACGCUCGUCACGCACCAGGUCACCAAGAUCAACUGGAAGGCAGGAGGGAUCCCGAUUACGGCUUCUGGUGUCGAGUUUGCCCCUGCGAGUGGAGGAUCGACACGAUAUACCGCCAACGCUAGGAGAGAAGUCAUCAUUGCUGCCGGAGCGAUCCAGACCCCUGCUUUGCUUCAGUUAUCCGGCAUUGGGGAUUCUGAUGUCCUUGGACCCCUGGGCAUCGCGACGAAAAUUGAUCUCAAGUCGGUCGGUAAGAAUCUUCAAGAGCAGACCAUGAGCACCAUGGGUGCAGGGGGAACUGGAUUCGACGUCGGUGGUCGUGGACCUUCCAACGCUAUCGCGUACCCCAACCUUUACCAGAUCUUCGGCUCGAACGCCAGCGCGGCCGUCAACAAGAUUCGCUCAUCGAUCUCGUCCUGGGCCGCAUCGCAAGCCAGUGCGGGUCUCUCUUCAAAUGCCCUUCAACAGAUCUUCCAGGUCCAAGCCGAUUUGAUCAUCAACAACAAUGCACCAGUCAUCGAGCUCUUUUCUGACACUGGCUAUCCUACCAAACUUGGCAUACUCGUUUGGAACUUGCUUCCAUUCAGUCGGGGAAGCGUCUCCAUUACAAGCUCAAAUCCAUUCCAGAAGCCCAAGGUUCAAGUCAACUAUUUCAGCGUCGACAUAGACAUGGACAUCCAAGUGAAUGGUGCCCGUCUCGCUCGCAAGAUCCUGACUACUGCUCCUAUGAGCUCCUUGUCCACAGGAGAGCAGAUUCCCGGCGGCGGUGUGCCUGAUAACGCCCAGCGAGGAUCCGACGCUGAUUGGAAAGCGUGGAUCAGGAGCAAGUUCGACUCGGUCGCCCAUCCGGUUGGCACCGCUGCGAUGAUGCGGCGUAGUCUAGGAGGUGUUGUCGAUGCUCAGCUCAAGGUAUACGACGCCACUAACGUUCGUGUUGUUGAUGCCUCCAUCAUGCCACUUCAAGUUAGCGCCCACCUUUCGGCCACUCUGUACGGUGUUGCGGAGAAAGCCGCGGACCUUAUCAAAGCCUCUCACUAA